AUGAAGGCCCCGGGAAGCAAGAAGGAGAUCCAACAGUUGAUGGGAAGGCUAGCCUCCCUCACUAGAUUUUUAUCUCGAUCUGCAGAAACGACACUACCUUUCUUCAAGUUAUUACGAAAAGAGGUACAAUAUGGCUGGACUUCAGAAUGUGAGGCAGCAUUCCAAGAAAUUAAAAAGCAGCUGGCAUCACCGCCAGUCUUAUCCAGUCCAAGAGAAGGAGAGCCGUUGAUAAUGUAUCUUUAUGUGGGAGACAUUGUUGUUAGCUCGGUCUUGGUCCAAGAAGAUGAGGAGGGACAUCAACAAAUUUACUUUGUAAGUUGGCUCUUGCAGAGAGUAGAGCUCCGUUAUCAGAAGCUAGAAAAGGUAGCUUUCGCCUUAUUAAUCUCGGCUAGGAGGCUGAGAGCAUAUUUUCAAGGACGCCGGGUUGUAGUCAGGUCAGACUUACCAAUUCAGCAGAUCUUACAUAAGCCCGAUAUAGUAGGAAGAAUGAUGGCUUGGGCUGUGGAACUAUCAGAAUUUGACAUAUCUUUUGAGAGCCUAAAAGCGAUCAAAUCUCAAGCGUUGGCGGAUUUUGUCAGAGAGCUCACUUCAAUCCAAAAGGAGAGCUCAACAAACCCAAACACAUGGAAAAUUUAUGUGGAUGGGUCCUCAAACUCCAAAGGAAGUGGAGCCGGGGUGAUUAUUGAGAACCCGGAAGAAGUCUCGAUUGAAUACUCCAUGCAGAUGAGCUUCGAAACAUCAAACAAUCAGGCAGAAUAUGAAGUAUUCAUAGCCGGGCUUCAGCAGGCCAAGGAGCUCGGAGCAAGAAAAUUGCAAAUUUAUAGCGAUUUGCAACUGGUCACCUCCCAGAUUGUAGGCAGCUAUCAAGCUAAGGGACCAUUGCUAGCAAAGUACAUGGAUUCCGCGAGACAGCUAAUGGCAGAAUUCGAACAGGUAGAGGUCAGUCAUAUCCCAAGGAAUGAAAAUAGCAGGGCUAACAUACUGUCAAAACUAGUAAGCACUAAGGGUUACGGAAACCGUAGAACGGUUGUUGAGCAGAACAUCACAGAACCUACAUGUCUCAUGCAGAUAACUGUGGGCAAAGAUUGGCGUAGUGCCAUCAUCGGUUACAUAGAAAAUGGGACGCUCCCUACCCCAAAGGAAGAAGCUCGGAAGCUGGUCAAGGAUGCUGCAUUAUACACAAUGGUUGAAGGGCAAUUGUAUAGGAAAGGAAUCUAUUCCCCCUGCUAA